AUGGCCGGCCUAUCGUCGCCACUGCGUCUGGCCCCGCCCAUUGCUGCGACACCACGCCGAGCGCCCUCGCCCACAAUGUCGCCUGGAGGACGACGUGGACGCAUGCACGGCAGCUCUGAAGAGGGCCGCCUGCGCGAUCUGUCGCCCGACACCACCCUCCGCGCCUUCACCCAGCGCCCCGUCCCGUUCGACACCACGUGCGACGAGUACAAGAUCUUCGCCUGUAUCGACUCGCUCACCGCCGCCGAGCGCGAUCUGGGUGCGCGCGUUGCCAAGGCUGCGCAGCGCCUCAAGAGCUGGUGCAGCGAAAUCGAGCAAUGGGGCUGGUCCGGCAGCUUCGAGCAGCCGAGCGACGAGUACCGCGAGAAGCGCCGGAGAAGUCUCGAGCUGCGUAUUAGGGAACACGUCGGCGACGCAGACCUCACCAACGCCCUCCCGCCGCUGGAGUACUGGGGCUCUAUACUGUCCGUCGAGGUGGAGUCACAUGAGGCCCGCCUGGACGACAUCGAGGACGAGAUGCUCAAGCUGGAUGUUGAAGAGCUGAAAGAACACGUCCUCGAUAUGCACCCGAGCGGCAGGUCGCGCCCGUCCUCUGCCGGCUACGAAGCGACCCGCCAGAGCUACAAGCCCAUAGACGACUUCUCCUUCCUUAUCACACAAACCCUCCUAUCCGCACUGCCACACCACGCCCAGCUAAAAGACCGCCUGAACACGUGGACCGCCCGCAUAUCGACCCUCCGCGAAGUACCCCGCUACCUCGACGACCUUAGCACCGCGCAAAAGGCGAUGCGAUUAGGCUGGGAUGCAAUCGACCCACCCGUCGAUACCUCCGAUGCUGCUUUUGCCCAGUGGAAGGAUGCCGUUGACACCAUCUCUGCUGUGCUGGGAAACAAAGUCAGUGACCUUGGAAAGCGUCUAGAUAGGAUGUUGGACAACCUCGAAGGACGCGACGACUGCAUACCAGACAGAUGGAUUGAUACAUUUGAGGCUAUCGAGACCGACUAUGGCCGCUGGUCACACGAUUCGAGGACAAAGGUCAUGGACUUUGAUCUCCGGAGGAAAUAUGAACAACAGAGGGCCCCCACGACGCACAUUGCAGCUAGCAACGAGCCCGCACCCCAGUCUACCGCCGCUGUUGCAGCACAGCCCGAGUUUGGAAGCGUCGUUCAAGACCAUCCUACUGGCGUCGUUCUUCAGCCCGUGGACAAAGCAACCAACUCGCCAAACGGCAACGCUGCGCCUACCACAACUCCUGCAAAGGUGACGCGAAGAAUCGUUUCAGAUUCCAACGUUGUCCAUCGUGAGAUAUCAUACACACCCGUAAACUCGCCGGGACUGGGAAGCCCUCGGGUUCGCGAAAUCACUACGGGGUCAUCUUCCAACAGGUCAACGCCGAGCAAGAAGCCUUGGUUCAUGACAGAUGCCAUCGCCUCGCCCACCAACGAGGCCGGCGCUGUGAGGGCUGGAUCAUCCUUCAUAAAUGUCAAUGGUUCAGAUGAAUUGUUCGCCUCAGGCGGUGUCGAACAGAGAAUGGCAGAUCCUAUUUCCCGCAAUGACAUCGCCCAAGUGGAAGAGGACGAAGAGUCAGAAUUUGACGAGGGUGACACCGUGGUCCACAAUGAUUUGGACGACCUGGAGGAUACCCUGGAGGCUGCCAUUCCCGUACAAUCGCCGCACGAGGCUCUUCAGGCUGAGCACGGCCAAGUAGUCGAGCCAGUGCCAGAGGAAGUGCCUUUGCGCCGCAACCCCACGGGCAUCUCCGAAAACCCCGUCAUCAUCACCAACGAUGGGCAGGACGGCCCGAUGCCAGAACCUCCUCAGACGCCGCGAUCACGAAGGGGUAGCCAGGGCUCUGUUUCCUCAAACAUUUCCUUUGAUGAUUCGAGCCCUCCUAGUUACAUUGAAGAUUCUCCCUCAGUCCGCAAUGCAACCAACCGAUCUGUCAGAGCACCUCGUCCGGAGCUUAAUGCUGCCAUGGCAAAGCGGCGUCUCGGUCGAAACAUCAUCGAAAACAGCAUUGAUAGCGCACCGUGGCCACCGACACAGUUCAGUCAAAAGUCCAGCGCCGAGGACCUUGAGCGCAAGAUUUCAGACAUUCUCACUACCAUCCCAGCUCACAUUCGCCUCACCUCGGGUCCUAGUGCAGACUCUCCAGAGGUCAAGCCGUCGCGUGGUCUUGCAAACAGAGGCAGCAGGAAUUACCUCCGCGCUGCCCGCUCUGUGAGCGGACUGAAGUCACCAGAACUGACCUUGUCGCCCGCGAAGAACGAAUUCGACAGUAUCGCCUCUGGCCGCAAAUCUGCCGCAGCCUCACGAACUGACAACGACAUCAAAUUAUAUCACCUCACUCAACCAGGAAAGGAACAGCCAGUUAAGCUGUUCAUUCGCCGCGUUGGAGAGAAUGGUGAAAGAGUCAUGGUCCGUGUCGGGGGUGGCUGGGCAGACCUUGGUGAAUACCUAAGACAGUACGCAGAGCAUCAUGGACGACGAACCGCUAGUGACGGUAAAUUCGAAAUCCUAGGCUUGGAAGUCAAGAAUAACGACAGCACAAACUCACCCAGCCGCCCCGAGAGUGCAGCGGGAAGACAGGACCGACGUAUUAGUAGCGGCCGACCUACAGCAAGCCCUCUGACGACGCCCACCAAGUCUUCGACUACUGGUGUGUCAAUCGAUGAUGCAGUACAUCCCAUGCCCAGUUUUGCCUCAACUCCGGGUAUUGCAGAGGAGCCUUCCGUACCCUCCACAAACUCUUCGCAGCGCUCCUGGACAGGCAACGAAGCCGGACUCGCCGGUCCCAAGGCCAAAAAGCUUGACCUUAGCGGGGAGAAGCUCGAAUGGAUCGAGGGCAUGAUGAAGCAAGCACGCACCGUAUCUGGCAGCGUAAUGCCGGUGAAUCACACGCCCCAACAACGCGAAGAGAGAGCCGACAGCAGGAGUGAGUCCCGCUCAGAUAGUCGCGCUGGAGGAAAAAAGCCAGAGUUUGGUGAUCUAGGCAAGGUCGGCGGUACAAAGCGGAUCUUCUUGAGAGGCGGGAAGCCCGUGUUGGAGUAA